GUGUUCACCUUCUUUAUCGCGACACGCGCGCGCGCCUGUUUUGGAGAUCUCCGCGCCGUCUCCGCCUCGCGCGAUUUAGGUGCUUUGUUUCGCGAGGCAAAACGCGAGAGGAAAAAAUGGACAAAUAUAGAUGAACUUUGACCUUUCAGCGGGAGACUUACCUUAACGCUGAUCGAUACCCACUGCGCUGCCUCAGUGUCUGUCCCGUCACCAUGGAGACGGUGGUGAUCGUAGCCAUCGGAGUGCUGGCCACCAUCUUUCUGGCUUCGUUUGUGGCGCUGGUGGUGGUGUGUCGCCAUCGCUACUGUCACCCUCCUGACCUGCUGCAUCACCCAGAGUCCAAACCCACAGUGGAUCUAAUCGGAGCAAUGGAGACUCAGAGUGAGCCAUCAGAGCUGGAGCUGGACGAUGUGGUCAUCACCAACCCCCACAUAGAGGCCAUACUGGAGAAUGAGGAGUGGAUCGAGGAUGCAUCUGGUUUAGUGUCUCACUGUAUCUCCAUUCUGAAGAUAUGCCACACGCUGACAGAGAAACUUGUUGCUAUGACAAUGGGCUCCGGAGCAAAGGUGAAAGCACCGGCCAGCCUUAGUGACAUCAUCACGGUGGCCAAACGUAUAAGCCCAAGGGUAGAUGAUGUUGUUCGGUCAAUGUAUCCACCGCUGGACCCCAUCCUCCUCGACGCCAGGGCCACCGCCCUGCUGCUGUCUGUCAGUCACUUGGUGCUGGUGACACGGAAUGCCUGUCACAUGUCCGGCAGCAUGGACUGGAUCGACCAAUCUCUGCACGCCGCUGAGGAUCAUAUGGUGGUGCUGAGGGAGGCAGCUUUAGCUUCAGAGCCCAUAAGAAGUCUACCAGAAAGAGAGCAGUCGAUCUGAGUCACACACACAUAAAGUGGCUAUAAAAAGUCUACACACCCUACACAUUAUCAAAACGUUUUGUGAUGUAGAGCCAGAAAUGAAGAUAAAUCAGUUCUGACAGUUUUUUAAUGUUUAAUGGAUCUUUAAACCAACAAUGCCCUGGUUGCAUAAUUGAACCCUGGUUGUGGUUUGUUCAGAGGAAAUGAAUCACAUUCAGAAUAAUGACCAAGAUGACAGCCUAAACCUGUAAUCAAUAAAAAGUCAUUCUGAUUAACCUCAAACAAAAAUCAGCUAUUCCUGUAGCUGCUCCUAGGUUUUGAUGAUUGCAUUCUUCUAGGAUACAUAAUCUUACUGUUAAAAGUUUCAGAGAAAAGCGUAAAAAAUAUCAAAAGCAUUGGAUGUUCCAUGAAGCACUAUGAAGACUCUCAUCAAUAGAUGGAAAAAAUGUGGCACCACAGAGACACUGCUGAGGUCCUGAAAAUCCUCAAAGGCUGAUGACAGGACAAGAAACAAACUUAUCAGGGGGUGUUUCCAAUAGCAACAUUUAAAAGCUGGAGGAAUUUCUGGUAGAUACUGGGUACUCUUUGCAUGUGGUAACAAUCCCUCAUUUUUCUGCACAAUCUUGGCUAUGUGUCAUUAAAUAUGUCACUAAAUCCCAUUUAAAGUUUGCAAAAAAUAUAUUACAGUUUCUGGCCUAAAUUGUAAAAGAUACAUUUGACACGACGACACAGCUCAUCCGUGAAAAAAUACCAUACAUACUGUGAGGCAUGGUGGUGGCAGUAUCAUGUUUUAGGGCUGCUUCUCUUUUGCAGAGGCUUUUGUCAAAAUAAAUGAGAUAAUGACUAGCUGUAAAGCACAACACCUGCUCUCUGUCAGAAAACUGAAGAUGAAGGGGAAUUUCUCCUUUCAGUGUGAUAAUGAUCCCAAGUUACAUCCAACAAGAAAUGGUUUUGAAAAGGAAGAUCAGUGUCUGAGAAUGGUCCAGUCAGAGUCCAAACCUCAAGCCCAUAGAAAAACUGUGAAAUGACCUAAAUCAGGCUGUGCACAGGAGAUCACCUGGCAUUCUGAAGGAGCUUGAACUUUUUACGCAAGGGAUAAAAAGCCAGGUGUAAAGACUAAUUUACUUAGUUUUGUUGGUUGUAAGAUUGUAUUAAAGAUGAUAACAUGUGUUGAUUUCUGGCUUUAUAUCACAAAAACAAGGCUGUGUAGACUUUUACUAUCCAACAUUCAGUAUGGUUAAGAAAAAAGCCUACACAGCUCCCCAUGGAGUGGACUAGAGUAUGACUCCUAAAAAGCAAUACACAUAUCCUUAGCGUCUCUUUGCACAGUUUCUUUUUCUCCUUCUCAAGUUAUCUUUUUUGUUCUUUUUUAAUCUGUUACAUUCUGUGGUAGUUACAAUCACUCUCUCCUCUCAAGUUUACUUUCACCAUUAGUGCAAAUAAGCCAAAACAAUCAGGGGCUCAUUUACAAUCUUUAUUCCACAUCUGAUUCCGCCUCUGUUAUGGCAAAAUAGUUAAACAUGUAUCUACUCAUGCAUAUUGUUAUUCAGAUUGUUAUUCAGGCCUCUUAUUUUUGCUGCUUUUAUUACUGUAGCUUGUAGGAUCACGAUGGAAUAGUGCAUAAAGACUGUCAGUACGUACAGAAAUGUAUUGAAAUUCCAUUUUAUCUCCAAUAAAGUCUUGGAACAGGCAGUCGUGAUCUCUUAACAAAAACUCCAAAUUGUACAAUUGAUAAUGCAAACAAGGCAAACUGUUUUUCCCUUGUUAGGAUUCUCUAAAUAUUUGUAUAUAGUGAACACUCAAUAUAAAGAUUUAAGAUGUUCAGUAUUUUGCUUUAUAGUGUCUUAAUGUACCAUUUAUGGCCUUAUUGGGUGUAAUUAACAAUACACAAAAUUCACAUUAUCAUUUAUCUACACACACACACACACACACACACACACACACACACAUACACACGGCUUUCUCUGUGGCCCAUCUGACUGAGGUGGCCUGUAAUCUUGGUCUUGAGUCACAUGAAGUUUAAAUCCACUCUAAUUCUCACACUUGACCACACUGAUCCCUCCAAACACAAAGAGCAGACUUACAACCAGCACAAACCUAACUAAGCGUACUGAAGGAAUACCUCUGCAUUUUUCAUCCUAAUCUCUAUCUGCCGCAACUGUAGCAUACAGUUUGUUACUAUGGACAAUAAUUUCUGUUCAUAAAAAAAGCACAGAACACACUUACAACACAAAUCUUAAUUCCAGAAAAGUUGGGACAGUAGUUGAAAUGGUAACAGAAAGAAAAAGCAGUGAUCAUGUUUCACUUUUUUGUUUAUUUGUAAAUAUAUCCAGGCAAAUAUAUAUGAAGGGCCUGGGUUCUCACCAUGUCUGCGUGGGUUUCCUCCAGGGACUCCAGUUACUUCCCAAAGACAUGCAGUCAAGCCAACACUGUAAACUGCCCCUAGGCGUGAAUGUGUGUUUGCCCUGUGAUGGACUUGCGACCUGCCCAAGGUGUUUCAUGCCUUCUGCCCAAUGACUGCUGGGAUAGGCUCCAGCACCCCCAUGACCCAGGAGGAUAAGUUGCUUAGAUAAUGUGUGUGAGUGUGUAUGUGUAAAUACAUCCUCAUUCCAAUUUGAUGCCUGCAGCAUUUUUCCCAAAUUUGGGGGAGCAUGUUUUUUUCCUGUUCUUCCGUUAUGAAGGUGUUCAGCUACACAGCCAUAUUGGGCCUUCAUUGUUGUGUUCUGUGCUUCAUAAUGCAAUAUACGUUUUCAAUGGGUGACAAGUAUGGACUGCAGACAGGCCAGUCUAGCAUCUGCACUCUCUAAACAUGCAGCCCUCUGUUGUAAGAUGCAGAAUAUGGAAAUAAGCAUGGACAUCCCUGAAAAAGAUGUUGUCUAGAAGGCUGUGUAUGCCUUCCAGAAUUAAUGGUGUCUUCACAGAUGUGCAAGUUGGGCAAUAAUGCCACCCCAUUCAAAGACAGAUCCUGGAUUUUAUACUGAUAACAGUCUGGAUUGUCCUUUUCUUCUUUGGCCCAGAGAACACAAUGAGAGUUAUUUCCAUUAACCAUCUGGAAGCUUGAUUUGUCAGACUACAAUACAAGUUUCUCUUGUGCAUCAGUCCAUUUCAGAUGAGUUUGUGCCCAGAGAAGCUGAAUAUGUACAUUGGCUACUAUUAAAAGUGUGUUUUCUGUUAUUUUCUUUUCUGUUGUACAGGUAAAUUGUUGUCUAUGAUCAUUUCCUGUACUGAUGCGGCAGAUAGAGAUUAGGUUUAAAAAUAGUUGAGUAUUUAUUUAAACAUAAGCACUAAUACUACUAAACACUGAAUAUGACACACAUCCAGUAAGUAGAACUAUAAUAACAGACCAAACACAUUACUAACAAUUACUAACUACACAUUUAAAGAGCUGACUAGUGCUUAUUCCCCAUCAUAAACAAUGAUCAUUAUACGUUCAAAUCACUGCCUCAUGUUCACAUGCCACACACACACACUUGCACCCAUUAAGUCAUAGGCAUUUUGGCUUAUAUUUCAUAACAGUGUCCUUAACGGCCUAAAGCACUUUGCCAGUUUAGUCAUUAUUGACAUCAUGUGAUACUGGCUUACCAGUAGGGGUAAUUUUAUUGCAUGUGUUUUUGAUUUUAUUUGACCACCUUUAUGAUCUUUAGUAGAGAAUAUAAGGCCUUUGACACUGAAACAAAAGCUCACUGGAGCCAGUUUUCCUUCUUUUUUAGUUUUCACAGGUCUAUCCAUCAUCUUUCAUUUGAUUUGUUUUUGCAGGGGUUUUUAUGAGCACUUGUCGAUUUUUCUUUAUUGCUGUUUCUACGGUAAAAAUGCUUUGAAUUCAUUUGAUUCAAAUGUACAUUGCUUCCUCAUGUACAAAAUUGUUACUGACAACAUUGUCAAAAGUAAACAAGGUAAACAAAAAUCAAUAUCACCAUAAUAAACUAAAAGAUGUGCUGUGUUGGUAGAAUUGAGUCAAUUCAGAGCACUAUUUCUUAAUGCAAGCUGCUGAUUCACUGCUUUUCUUUCCUUAUGAAUCCACAUGUACAGCUAAAUUAAAAAGUUUCAUAGAGAAAAGAUUUCAGUCCAGUUUAUUUAUUUUAUGUUCUUAAUCAGAUUCAGUUUCAGGCUUAGUAAAAUAACCACACGCCAGUGUUUUAUUCACAUGUUUUCCCAGUUGCUGGAGUGGAGGGCUAGCAGGGGAGACAGAGAAAGACAGAAGAGAUAGAUGUGUUUGGCUGCAGAAGAAGAGAGAAUGGAAAGAGAAGAAGCAUGAAGUCGUGUAUUUUGUGUCGUGAGUGUACGCAGUCCUCUCCAGCAGGGCUUUUGGCCAAAAUGAGUGGAUGAACAUAAGGCGCUAAAGUGACCACACUCAAAAGACCCACACAUUCGCUCUCUCUUAAAAACAGUCACUAGGUUUACACUGUACAAGAGAAAAGUGUCACGUUACAAGAAAAUAGAACCCUCUCAAAAAAAAACAGGCAAUACAAAAAA